AUGGCAUCGCUAGAGUCACGACCGUUUGUGACAAAGGGGAUCACAGCCGGCCUGUUGAACGCACUUGCAGACCUUUUUUGCCAGCUUGUGGUGGAAAAGAACCCAUCCAUUGAUGUCCGACGGCUGGGAGGCUUCGCUGCCAUUGGACUAUUCAUUGUCGGCCCUGCUUUGCACAUCUGGUAUGGCCUGCUUGGAAAGUUUAUUCAAAUUGAGGGUUUCAAAGGAGUUCUUGCUCGAUUGCUCAUUGACCAGGUGAUAUUCUCCCCUCUUUCGAUUGCCACAUUUGUGGGGCUGGUGAUGCUGCUGGAGGGCAAGCCAGAGCGCAUUGUUCCUAAGCUGGAGAAGGAUUUUGUGCCAACGUGCAUCAACAUGUGGAAGCUCUGGGUGCCGUUCCAGCUGUUUAACUUUGCCCUUGUGCCUCCACAAUUACAGGUUGGUGCUGUGAAUCUAGUGGGCCUAGUCUGGACCGUCUACAUGUCCUUCGCAAGCCACAAUGAUAUUAGUGAUGCUAAAUCCCAUGAGAAAAAGGAACCUGCAUCUGCUUAG